ACUCCAUUCAUGGCAGUCUUUGUCAGACAGAGAAUAUAUAUCUUUCAUUCAUUUCUUACUCAAUUUUCUCGCAGACUAUUCUAAUUUUUUAUUAUUAAUUAAUCAUUUUUUAAUUUCAAUUUUCAUAUCCUGGUCGUGGUCGCUGAUUUCUCUCUCUCUCUCUCUAAAACUAUUUGUCGGCGAUCAAAGCAGCAGCCAUGGCUUUCAGAGGGGGAAAUGCUUCAUCUGGCAUGGGUGUGGAUGAGCAUAGUAAGAGCACAUUCCUUGAACUUCAGAGGAAGAAAGUUUACCGCUAUGUGAUUUUCAAGAUUGAUGAGAAGAAAAAAGAGGUUGUGGUUGAAAAAACGGGAGGCCCUGCUGAAAGCUACAGUGAUUUUGCCGCCUCUAUGCCUGAGAAUGAUUGUCGAUAUGCUGUUUAUGACUUUGAUUUCGUCACUUCCGAGAAUUGUCAAAAGAGCAAGAUUUUUUUUAUUGCAUGGUCACCAUCUGUAUCGAGAAUUCGAGCAAAGAUGCUAUAUGCAACAUCAAAAGACAGGUUUAGAAGGGAGCUUGAGGGGAUUCAUUACGAGAUCCAGGCAACUGAUCGGAGCGAGAUGGAUCUUGAUGUUCUUAGAGAGCGUGCAAAUUGAGCAGUUGGUAAAAGGGUUUGAAAAGAAAUCGGGGAGUUUCUUCUACUUAUUUAGUAUUAUAAUCUGUUCCAUGUUUCAUGUUUCAUGUAUGUACAAAUUACAUGUUAGCUUAAUUACUAAAUAAAAUAAUGGUUUGAGCUUGGGAAGGCUGAUAAGGGGGGUUCUGUUUAAGGCUUUAGCUAUAUUAUCUGUGCAGGAAGAGACAUUUGAGCUUUCCCUCAUUUUCAUGAUGCUUCCCAGGUGAUGUUGUGUUCUGGUUUGUCCAAUUGAAUACUUAAAAUAAUAAAAGAAAACUCUUUAUUUC